CCUGUCCGAGCCCUGCCCAGCCCAGUCCGGCUCCGCCGCUCUCUCCCCCCGCGCCUCGGCCGCUCCCGGGAGCUGCUGGAAGCCGCCACCGCGUCCCUGCAGCGGCUGAAGGAGCUCGGCACGCUGGGGUUUGAGUGCAGCCUUGAGGAGGUGGAUGUGGAGGACAUCACCCAGAACCAAACCAACACCAUCAGAGCCUGCACGGCCCAGGCUGCUGAGCCUGGAAAUUGCCCGGUUUUGGAAAGAUCAACUUUCGAUAAGGGAAAAUGCCUGCAGGGAAUCUCUGAGGAUCUGAGAACCUACAGGACAGAGCUGAGGAACCUGCAGGACCCACAGCUGCUGCUGGCUCUCGAUGGGAUGAUGGAGGUGAGGAUUCCUGCCCCCAAAAUUCACUCCAAAAUUCAGGAAACAUGA